AUGCAGCGACUUCCUGUGGACCUUGCGUACACCAAGGGCAAUGAAAUCAACUUUGAGUACAUGUAUGCUGACCACAAGAGGCAGCGCAAGGACUUGGCCUCGGACUCGGACUUUGAUGAUGAUGAUGAUGAUGACUACUCGGACUCGUACCCUCCAGAGUCAUACUCUUCAGAGUGUUCGAUGAAUUUCGGAAAAUCAUCCAACAAGUCGCCCAAGAAGGGCGCAAAGGCCUCUGCCCGCAAGCCAGGUGAAGAUGGCUUUGAGGAGGUCGAGCUCAGCACUGAUGACGACGACGAUGGCGAGAGCUCGGUUGACUCGGACUUUGACGGGCUGGAGGACGUGCUGGGAAAGGUCGGCAAGCGACGGGUGCACAAAAAGGUGCUGCGGAACACGACGGACAAGUACGACGACGCGGAUCCGUUCAUCGAUGACUCGCAGGCCAUUGCCGAGGCACCGCCGAUGCAAACCGUGUACAAAGGCUUCUUUGUCAACCGUGGCCAGCUCGCCAUCGUGGCGUCGGACGCGACCGAGAUGCUGGCCAAGGUCAACUCGGAUCCGGAGCGCGGGCCGGACAAGGUGCUGACGCUGGCGCCCGAAACAGCGGCCAAGUUUGACGUCCUCGCCCGGCUGCUGAAGGAGAACGGGUGCCACGAGCGGCACCAGUUUGCCCGCUCCGAGACGCUCGACGCCGCCUUGCUCGAGCUCGUCCAGACCGGCGAGAGCCACAACGACGACUCGCACGACGUUGCCACUUUGCUGGCCACCUUUCUCGAGGUCAAGCCCAACACCAUCCGCCACCACAUUCUCCGUGUCCAGCGCGUCCAUGAGAUCGGGUCGCUGGAGGACAAGCUCAACGUGCUCAUUGCCAAGAUCAAGCGCCACGUCGAGAAGGCCGACGAGCCGACACCACGCCCGCCGACUGCGGCCGCAUGGUCUUCGGCCGAAGCCGCGCUCAUCCGCAAGUUUGCCUCUGACGACGUGACGAAGCUGCUGCGAAAGAGUGAGCAGGGAGACGAUGCGGCGCUGGAGCCGCUGUCCGCCCACGAUGCGCCGCCGCCGCUGCAGCUUGCGCUCGCUCCGGUCGUCCUCAAGUCGGUAUACCUCUUCUUCCGCGUCCUCGACGAGUUCAUUCGCCUUCGCCUCAUCUCGGUCCGCUUCACACGUGAUACCCAGCGGGAGCUCGACCUCGAGCGAACUGCAAAGGUUGCCGGCGUGGUUGCCCUCUUCCCGGAAGGUACCAUGAACCACACCCUCCUCCGCCUCAUCUACGCAGAGUACGCGGCGGCAAAGGCCGGAAAGGCGACAAAGGCCGCGGCAAAGGCAGCCUCGAAGGCCGCUGCAAAGGCCUCCAAGUCCAAGACCGAGUCGUCCGCCGCUCCCGCUCCCGCUCCCGCUGCCACUCCCGCCGCUCCCGCUGGCUCGGCGCUACCGCCGGUCGCUGCCAACCUCUCCGUCCCGAUCCCGACCCCGGCAGGUGGCUCCAUCUCAGCUGCGCCCACUGCAGAGCCGGCGACGGUGCCUACCGCGCCGGUAGCUCCCACUGCAGCCGCCGGCGUGGCUAAGACGAACAAGGGCAAGGCCAAGAGCAAGAGCAAGGCCAAGGCCACGGCGACGCCAGCAAAGGCCAAGGCCAAGGCGAGCAAGAGCAAGGCCAAGGCGAGCAAGAGCAAGGCCAAGGCCGGUUCCAAGACUGCCGCGACACCGACGCCAAUGGACGUGGCUGGCCCAAGUGGCGCCGGCCCCUCGGGCAGCAAGGCUACCGCAUCAGCGUCAGCGUCGGCGUCGACGUCGGCGACGCCGGCCAAGCGCGGUGGAUCGGAUGGCAUCGUCUGGGGCAACAAGGUCGGCAACCUCGCCGGCAAGGUCUUUGCCCAGGUCGGCAAGUCGACUCUGAAGGCUGCCGUGCUCAACAACGGCGGCGGCUUCUUCAGCCGCUCGCGGCUCACGGCCAACGUCGACUUUCUCGUCAUCCCCGUCGGCACCGCGGACCAGUACAAGGACGGUUGCAAGAUGAAGACCGCCGCCGCGCGUGGCAUCAGAGUUGUCGACGAGCAGUGGUUCAACAACGUGCUUAGUGGCUCGAUCUCCAUCGCCGACUCUGUCCCGCAGCCGAUGGAAGGCGCCGCCGCGCCGCAAGCCGUUGCCGCCGCCACCCCCACCCCCACCACGACGGCCUCGAGCGGCAGUGUGCCGGCCAAGAAGAAGUCGACCGCAAAGAAGAAGACGACAGCCAAGAAGGCGAUGGCCACAAAGAAGUCGACCGCAAAGAAGUCGAUCCUCAAGAAGAAAACGGCGCCCAAGGUCAAAUCGACCGCCAAGAAGGUGACCCCGACGCCCGCCAAGACGACACAGGCAUCCAUCGCUACACCAAAGCGCACCGCGUCGAGCGACUCAGACUUUGAUGACUUUGCAUCGCUGCUGCCGAGCACGGCAGCACCGUCGGCGCUCACUGCCGAGGCGCCCACUGCCAAGUCGCCCACUGCCAAGCGUCCGCGCGAUGACGCCGCUGACCAAGAUCCUGCCGCCGUCGCCGCCGCCAGCACAGAUCCCACCUCUGCCGACCUGUCGGCCGGCGCCUCGCCGUCCAAGAAGGCCAAACUGCUGAACGACACGGCCGCAGGCGAGAAGAUGCUGCUGGCCCUCGUCGAAUCGGGCCGGUUGAGCACCGACGCUGUGGUGGGGCUGGCGGCGGAGACGCUCGGGUGGGAGACCGACAAGACAGACGCAUGGCUGGCAGAGCGGAUGAAGGGGGAUGAGCAACAUGGCGACGAUGGCGAUGAUGGCGAUGAUGGCGAUGAUGGCGAUGAUGGCGAUGAUGGCGAUGAGCAAGGCGCAGCAGGAGCAGAGGAGGCGGCAUGUGCGUAUCCGAACGUCCCGUUCUCGCCGCUGGCGCUGGAGACGCUGCGGCGGCGGCUGGAGGCGUUCUGCACCGAGCGCGAGUGGCAUCAAUUCCACACGCCGCGCAACAUUGUUCUUGCCCUUGUGGGCGAGAUCGGCGAGCUUGCCGAGAUCUUCCAAUGGCGCGGCGAGGUGCUCCCCGGACUGCCCUCGUUCUCGGACAACGAUCGGGUUCAUGUCGGCGAGGAGAUGGCCGACUGCCUGCUGUACCUCAUCCGCCUUGCCUCGUCGGCAGGCAUCGAUCUCUCGCAUGCUGUCCUCCGCAAGCUCGAGCUCAACGCCCGCAAAUACCCCGCCGCCAAGGCCAAGGGCUCGUCAGCCAAGUACACCAAGUACGUCGACGACGAUGCAGCGUGAGCGCACUCGUUUAACAUGGGAGUAAAGUACAUCAUCGU